AUGCUAAGGCACCCACACAGCGAAGGGUUCACCUACGCAGCCGCUAUAGAAGUGAAAGCACUUAACGCGAAAGGCACAUUUAAGGAAAUUAACCGACCGACCGAUAAAGGCCUUGAAGUAAUACCGCUUACCUGGGUUUUCACAUAUAAAUUUGAUGGCGAUAGGUUCCUAGUCAAGUACAAAGCCAGAAUCUGCGUUCGCGGAGAUCUGCAGAAAGUCACCAAUAAUAAAAAGUAUUCAGCCACCCUAGCUGAAGAAGCUACACAAGUACUACUAUCGCUAGGCUUCAAAGUAGUGCAGGAAGACCUUUGCCUGUUCGUCAAGGGAGAUAUUCUCCUUAUCUUCUACGUUGACGAUAUUCUCAUUUUCAACCCACCUGUUGCGAAGGAGGAGGCCGAUGAUAUUGGAAGGGAACUUAGCAAGGCUUAG